UUUCUACGAAGAUGGCGCCGAAGGCCAAGAAGGAAGCUCCUGCACCUCCCAAAGCUGAAGCCAAAGCUAAAGCUUUGAAGGCUAAGAAAGCCGUCCUGAAAGGUGUUCACAGCCACAAAAAGAAGAAGAUCCGAACAUCACCCACCUUCCGAAGACCCAAAACUCUGAGGCUGCGAAGGCAACCCAAAUAUCCUCGGAAGAGCGCCCCUAGGAGAAACAAGCUUGACCAUUAUGCCAUCAUCAAAUUCCCUCUGACCACUGAGUCGGCCAUGAAGAAGAUAGAAGAUAACAACACACUCGUGUUCAUUGUGGAUGUCAAAGCCAACAAACACCAGAUUAAACAGGCUGUGAAGAAGCUCUAUGACAUUGAUGUGGCCAAGGUCAACACCCUGAUUAGACCUGAUGGAGAGAAGAAAGCAUAUGUUCGGCUGGCUCCUGACUAUGAUGCUUUGGAUGUUGCCAAUAAGAUUGGGAUCAUCUGGGGCCGGGCGGUCCUGGUUUUGGAGCUUGAGGUUUCAUUCACAGAUGGCACCUGGAACAAGGACUCAGACAAAGAUUGCACACGAGACAAUAUCUCACUAGUGUGCCAUAGCACACUAGUGUGCCGAAGCACAGUGGUUGAAAAACGCUGCUCUUAA